CCAUUUAAAAGAUGCAUGCCUCGACUUGUUGUUAACUAGGUAGACUCGUCAAGUGUGGGUGUCUCGUAGCUAGCCCUCUUAUCAACCACAUCCACAUGACCCCCAAGCUUCGAUCCAUUGCGUAUAUAAGCCUUCGCUGAUCUCCUUAUCACCUCCCACCCUUCACAUUCCCACUCUUCCACGUGUUUCCAAUUAAAUAAUCUCUCACUAUGCCCAAACCAACCACCACCGCAAACACGAGGACAGAGAUAUGGCGAGGUCGUAUGAUCUCAGCUCUACGAACCACACUGGCCUGCACCAUAGUGGGCUGCACCUCCCUCUAUGGCCCAGAGUCCCUCCGGCGCUACCUCCAAUUCCCGGCGUACUCCUACUUGACCACGAUUCUCAUAGUGUCGGACGCAACGCUGGGCGACAGCCUGAGGGGUUGUUGGCACGUAUUCUGUGCAAUCCUGAUGGCCAUGAUCCUGUCCAUUGCUGGGCUGCAGUUGAUAGGGCCGGCCAACCUGACGGUGCCGCUCGCCGCAGUGGCGGUGGCUGUGGGGUCGUUUGUGGUGGCGAUGCCCGAGUCUACACACUUGAUGAGCAAGAGGAUAGCGUUUGGUCAGCUGGUGAUUGUGUACGUGAAGGCAGUGAUAGACGGAGCAGAGGCGGGAGUGAUGGUGCAUCCCAUUCAAGUGGCUUCCAGCACAUCCCUGGGAGCACUUGCCUCUGUACUGGCUAUGUUGUUACCUUAUCCUCAUCUUGCAUGCCACCAGAUACGGAAUGUCUACAAAUUAUAUGCUGCAAAUGCCUCCGAGAGGCUGAAUCACAACCUACAGGCCAUUUCUACCUUGGACAACUCAACUGCUCUUGAACUGGUCACUAGAGCCAGGUCUCUCUCCCCAGUAGGAUCCAAGCUUCUCCAUUGCAUCAGAUUUAAACUGGACGGCAUGCGUUGGGAAAGGCCUCGAGUGACGAUCUUCAAUCCAAAUUGCGUGGAACCGGCAGAACGCCUGCAAGACAUUGAAUUACCAUUAAGAGGAAUGGAAAUCGCUCUAUCACACUGCUCUGCUUUUCCCGUUGAAGCCGUUGAUCAGGAACUCAGAGGUGUUUUAUUCGAUUAUAAGGCUCAGAUCACUCAAAAAUUAGACCAGCAAGCCAAGUGUUUUGCGUCGUCUGAUGCAGCCACAGCUCCAGACAGGAAGAAAGAAAUUUCUAACAUUUUCUUAGGAACUCCAAAAAACCUUUGCAGGGCUUGUAAAGAUCUUCCAACUUCUUUCUUCAUGUACUGCGCAGAACUUCUCUUAAAAGAUUCACACAUUACAAAGAAUGACCAGCCUGUGGUGGAUAAAACCCAGAAAACUGAUGCUGUUCAAUGUAACUCAUGGAAGAUUCGAGAUUUUGUGAUGAACAUGUUGCCCAGGAGUCAGAAUUUGGCAUUUGCAGUCAAGUGCUCGCUUUCAUUAGGCCUUGCGGUAUUAUUUGGCUUGAUAUAUAACAGAGAAAACGGGUACUGGUCAGGGCUCACCAUUGCCAUCAGCUUUGUCACAGAACGACAAGCCACUUUCUCAGUUGCUAAUGCUCGAGGACAAGGAACGGCAAUGGGAUCAAUCUAUGGUAUCCUUUGUUGCUUCCUGUUUGAAAGAUCAGUGGAUUUAAGGCUCUUGCCUCUUUUGCCGUGGGUUGUCUUCUCUUGUUUUCUAAUGCAUGGCAGGAUGUAUGGGCAAGCUGGUGGGAUUUCAGCUGUUAUAGGGGCUCUAUUGAUCCUCGGCAGGAAGCACUACGGCCCUCCUACUCAGUUUGCAAUUGCUAGGAUCACUGAAGCCACAAUUGGGCUCAUCUGUUUCAUCACAGUCGAGAUUCUUAUGAACCCCUCAAGAGCAGCAGCACUGGCAAAAUCUGAACUAUCCCAAUGCUUGAGAUCGCUUCAGGAUUGCAUUGAUGCCAUAGCCAUUUCCCCUGGUGAGAACCAGAUCCCACUGUUACUUUCUCAGACAUUGCGAGAAAGACGGAAGAAGCUGGAAUCUUUUGUGAGUCAAUUAGAAAAGUUCUCAUCGGAGGCCAAGUCAGAGCCAAGUUUCUGGUUCCUGCCUUUCCAUGGUGCUGGCUACAGCAGGUUGCUACAAUCCUUAUCAACGAUGUUAGAUCUCCUGCAUUUUGUGGAAUACUUGACAGAACAUGUCCCACGAUUGUCAGAGAAAGAUGGAGUGAAUUGGCGGGAGCUUCAAGAUCAAAUGGUACAUAAUAUAGAGCUUUUCAAGGCUAAAGUUGGCCCUACACUGAGGCUGCUUGAGGAGAUAACCAGGAUCAAGUCACUCAGCCAAUUUGAACAAAUUUUAAAGUGUGAAAAUAUCCCCAGUGACGUUGAGUCAGGAUAUCCAAAUGCUGACACAUUCAAGAUCUUGUGUGCAAGUGAAGACGCUGAUAGCGCAACAGACUCUGUCCUCCAACAGCUAGGGGAGGCAGUUAAGAUGAUUCACACAAAAAAAGAUGAACAGAUACUUAUAGGCCAAAUAAUUUUUCAAUACAGCUGCUUGGGAUUCUGCAUCGUUAGCUUGAUGAGAGAAACAAUAAAGAUUGAAAAUGAGGUCAAACAACUACUUAUUUGGGAGAACCCCUCCAGUCGUGUAAAUUUCAAUGAGAUUUAUUGUAAGAUCAACGCUCUGCAUUCAGAAUAAACCUAGCUCCAUGAUUUGGAAUUAGUCUAGAGAAGUGACUUCCCCUACUAAUUAAGAGAUCUCAUGCACAAGAAAAACAAGUUCAUCUGAAUGUAAACCACGCCCCACCCACCCGGGGAAAAAGGGGGUGACCAAAAAAAAAAAAAACUUUAAU